CGCGCCUCAGGCCCCCCGCCGCCGGGAGCCGGGAGCCGGGAUCCGGGCGGGUGCGCCCCGGGCGGCCUUGGGCUACGCCUUCCCGGCCGCUCCGUCUCGCGGUUCAGCGGCUCUGGCGGGCGAGGGGUCGCCGGGUCGGCGGUGGCCCCGUGCCCGGCGGGUGCUGGCGGGCGCUGGCGGGCGCAUCGGUACUCUGACCAUCCCCCUGCCGAAGAGGAGGCAGCUGAGGCGCGACUAGUUCCGGAACGUGCCCCGGGGCCGCUUUGGCAAAUGGCAGCGCUGGCUGGGACCUGGGCCCUGGGUUCUGGAGUCUUGGGGGGGGGAAGCUCUGGGCCGGGUGACUAGUGGGGUUCGAGGGGCCGGCCCGGCUCCACGAGCUUCCGCUUGCACAGUGUUCUCUGGCGGUGGGGAGCUCUGCCGGCCCCCCUUUUCUGCAGGCACCAGUACGAGGCGAUCUUAGGAAGGACGAGUAUUUCCACCCAGGUGCCCUUAGCAAUUAAUUGAAACUGGGGCGUCCACACAGACGCUGGGAGCGAGUCAGGGUGGUUGCGGGGUGGUCAGCACAUCGGCGAUGCGGUGGAGGUGUUGAAUGAAUUGCGUGUGGUGUUGAUUUUGAGUGCUUGGACUCUUUUUAUCCAUUGCUUGCUCUGUUUUUGCGUUUAUUUUUCAGUUUUUCUUCUCCUGGCCUAGAUCUGUCCUUUAAACGUUUGGACAGUGUUUAAAGAUGAGAGAGGACCCAAGCCUCUAGGGCUUAUCUUUGUACCGCCCCCCCCCCCCCCCAGAGGCAUCGGACAGCCAAAGCCCACGUCUGCUCUUUGAGUGAAAUCUUAACGUUGAAAUGCUUUCUGUGUCUAUAUGAGAAGUGAUCUGAAGUGGCUCAUUUGGGGGGCGGGGGGGGGGGACGCAUAAGGGUGCUUUGUCAUUUUCUUCUUGGAACGUUAUUUUUUCCUCUUCUAAAAGAAAGUCACCCGAGGCCUACAAAAUGGAAGCAUAAAACUGGCUUUAAUUAAAGAAAUUGGAAACUUUGGGGUGGAAUUUGGGUUUAUCUCGAGAGUGAACGUGCUGGGGUUUCCCACUUCUCUCUCUUUUUUUUAACGUUUCUAUUUAUUAGUGAGAGACAGAGAGAGACAGAGCACGAGUGGGGGAGGGGCAGAGAGGGAGGGAGACACAGAAUCCAAAGCAGGCUCCAGGCUCCGAGCUGUCAGCCCAGAGCCCGACGUGGGGCUAGAACCCAGGAACCAUGAGAUCAUGACCUGAGCCCAAGUCAAAUGCUUAACUGACUGAGCCACCCAGGCGCCCUGGGGUUCCUCGUUUCUCUUUGCAAAUAGACACAGGAGUUGGCUCUUAUGGUUUUUGUUUUGUUUCAUUUUCUUUUUUUAAGAGCUCUUUGAAAUCUUUUCUUAAAAAAAAUGUAUUCCCUUAAAAAAUGCAAAGCUCUUUGUUCAUCUGUGUUAGGUAGUAACAGACUAGCCUUUCUUAAACAAUUAAGAAAAAAGUUUAUCCUGCACUUACUCAGUGCCCGGCUGUGUGCAGUGUGCCUGGGACACCGAAGCGCACGAAGCAGCUUCCUUCCGACCGGCUGCAGGCUCACGGAGACAGGCCUCCUGCUCCAGGAAGACCGUGAGGGGCCCCAGAGACAGAAGAGGUCACAGUUGGUUCCAUUCUUUUGAAAAAUUUUUUUUUGACAUUUAUUUUUGAGACAGGGAGAGACAGAGCAUGAACGGGAGAGGGUUAGAGAGAAGGAGACACAGAAUCUGAAACAGGCUCCAGGCUCUGAGCUGUCAGCACAGAGCCCGACGCGGGGCUCAAACUCACGGACCGCGAGAUCAUGACCUGAGCCGAAGUCGGCCGCUCAACCGACUGAGCCACCCAGGCGCCCCUGGUUCCAUUCUUGAAGAGUGCGAGACCCUCAGGCAGGCCGAUGGCUGGGAAAGGAUGAAGGGUGUGUUUGGGAUCCUGUGCAAGUUUGGAAAGUAGGUGGGAGUGGGGAGAGAGGCAGGUGGGACCUGCAGGGGACAGCUGCUGGCUUUGAAUUUGGCUGUAUCUUGCGGAGAGCGCUGCAGGAAGCUGGCCGUUCCAGCCUGAAAGGAUCGUAGCCCUCUGUGUGCAGACUGGCACGCGGGAGACCAUAGGCGUUUGAGCUGGAAGUGUCGUUCCGCACCCCGGGAGGUGAGCCCCGCAGCCUCCUCUGCCUCAGCGUCCCUGCCCGCAGAAAGGUCCGUGUACGUGCUGCGCUCAGCGCUGUGCCCGUCCCAGACGGCCAGCGGUAGCCGCUGUUCGUAGUCUUCGCGUUGGGAACGGCAGCACGAACGUGACUGUCCUUGGGUUGUCGUUCAUGGGGUGACUCCGCUGGAGGCUGACGGGAUUCCUCGACGCUGGCCUUUUGGUGGGAGGGUCUGCUCUGGGCCCGCAGGCCGAGCUCAGCUUUAGGCUCGGGGGCGCCCUGGUGCUGCUCUCAGUCCUGGGGCCGUUUGGACUAAAAUGACAUCCCAGGCCAGCAACCCCCUGCAGGAAUGUUCUAGUGAAUCAGACGCGGGAGCUUGUCUCGGCCACCUACUGGCCCUCUGGGGUUUGUUGCAUUGUGUCCAGAGUCGCGUGGUGGUGGUGGUGGUGGUGGUGGUGCCACCGCGGCGUGGGCAUAGCCUGCUCCGCUCCUGAAGAAGCUGUUCUGGGCAGUGCCUGCCGGGCGACCUCCCUGCCAGGCUGCUGAGUGCCCCGUGGGGAACAAGCGCAGGGUGGACUGGCGACCCUCCUGAGCUCAGCCGCCUGCCCGGAAGGAAGCAGGCUGCUCUGAGCCACCUGUGGGAUGCUGUCCCCUUGGGCAGGCCCCUGGGCCCGUGGGGCCAGAGUGUGGGGUGAUGGUGAGUUAUCAGCGAGUCACUGCCGUUGUGCUGCUGGGACAAGAAGAGGGUGUGGUCAGCCAGUCAUGGUCACAUAUGUGGGUAGCGGGGAGCGGAGCAUUUGGAGAACUUCUGGGGGAAAUCUGAGGCAGAAGCAGAUGCUUCAGCGGUGGGGGGUGGGGUGUCUGCAGGGUUUGUAAAUGCAGGACAUUUCCAGGGACCUCAGCUUUGGGAAGAUCUGCCUGGGACACCUUAGGGUCAGGAGACGGGUAGCACUGUCAGGUUAGUGUUUAGAAUCGAUUCCACGGAUCUUCUCUGGAAGCUGGGUUACCUCCGUGUCUUCCCUGGUGACCUUGGAGCCGCAGACCACAGUCGGGGAGCGCCAAGGGCCAGGGCGGGGUGUUCGGGGAACCUGCCCGGGCGGCUCAUCCGUUGUCCUCACCAGCCCCUUGAGUGCUGGACAUAAGCGAGCCCCCCGUCUUUCUCCUCGGUGGUUUCUAGCACCUCAUCAUUCCAUCCUGGAAGUUCCUGUGCCUUGGCGUCUAUGUCCUGUCCUCCCUUUCUGUCUGCCCAGCCCCACCUUGGAGGGUCCAGGCUGGUUGCCCCACUGCCCUCCGUGAGGGCUCCCCAGAUGGAUGUCCCUCCUGUCUUUAGUACCACUCAGGCAGGGUCCGCGUGGGUGGGACAGACCCCUGUCGUCAGCAAGGAGGCAGGCUUGAGAGCUGAGGACCAAGACCAGGCCCAGGCCUAGACAGAACGUCUGGGGAAGCCUCCCGGGCAGAGGCCAUGGUGGCGUUCCCGUCCCAGACGAUUCCGCCCACCGUCCCCUUCCCCCUCUGCACGGCUCACUCCUUCUCGAUGGGGCUCAGCCUGCCGGCCUCCUCGCCCACCUGACCCAGCGUGCCAGGUUCUCACAGGCUCCCUCGGGCUUGCACUCGGUUUACAGGCGCCUGUCUGCUUGCCUGUGUGCCCCUGGCCGCUGCGGCCCUGUCCUCAGUGUGGAGCAUGGACCUUGGCGGCCGUCAGAAUGCGGCGGCACGGUCGAAUAGAACAAGAGACAGCUUGUAAGUUUUUAUUUUUUUUUUAAUUAAAAAAAUUUUUUUGAAUGUUUGCAUAUUUUUGAGAGAGACGGAGACAGAGCAUGAGUGGGGGAGGGGCAGAGAGAGAGGGAGACACAGAAUCCGAAGCAGCUGCAGGCUCCGAGCUGUCAGUACAGAGCCUGAUGGCGGGGCUCGAACUCACAAACCGCAAGGUCACGACCUGGGCCGAAGUCGGACACUUAACUGACUGAGCCACCCAGGCGCCCCAAUAAGUUGCUUCUAAACUUUUGCUUUACGUUUGAGUAAAAAUGUACGACAGAACUUGGCACCUUAACCAGUCUUUAGGGUACGGUUCAGUGGUGUCGGAUGUAUUCAUGUUGUGCAAUUGUCCCCACUGCCCGUCAGGGAACUCGCCCGCCUUGCACAACUGAAACACUGGCGCCCCAGCCCCUCCCCAGCCUGGUGCCCACUUUGCUACUUCCCGUCUUUGUAGACCCGAGUAGGAACCGUGCUGUGGUGUAUGUGCAGUCACAGCGUCUGUCUUGCCGUGGCCAGCUGCCGUCUCUCAGCAUAACAUCCCUGAGGUUCCUCUGCGUCGUAGCAGAUUGCAGAAUCUACUUCCUUUUCGAGGCCAGACCGUCUUCUUUUGCACAUGUGGACCCCAGUGGAUUUAUCCGUUCAUCCGUCAAGAGACACUUGGGUUCCCCCCCAGCCCCCCGCCCCAUGGCCCGGUCAUGCUUUCGUGAGUGGGGUGUGCAAGGGUCUCUUCAGGUCCCUGCUUCCAGCUCUACAGUGCACCCCCAAGGUGGGGUUGCUGGGUCACGUGGUCAUCUUGUGCCGAAUUGUCCGAGGAGCCACCAGGCUGUGUGCCGCGGCCGCCGCACCAUCACGCCCCCGACUCCAGCACACAGGGCUCGGGCUCCUGGGCACGCCUGCCGCAUUCACGACUCCGGGCUUUGGUGGUGGCCGUUCCGACAGGUGUGAGGUGGCAUCUCGUGGUUGGGACGUGCAUGGCUCUGGUGACGUCGAGCACAUUGUCCUGGGCUCACUGGCCGUAUGCAUCUCGCCUUCGGAGACGUGUACUCGGGGCCUCUGCCCACUUUUGUGAUUGGCUUCUUUUUGUGGUUGACUUGUGGGAGUUCUUCAGGGUUAAGGUGGUUGACUCCUUUCAGAAGUGCGAUUCACAGCACGUUCUCCCUCUCUGCAGGCUGCCUUCCCCUCUGUUGUGUCUUCUGAUGCACGGGGGUUUUUUGGCAGGUCCCAUUUGCACGUACUUUUAAUUUUAAUUUUAAAAAUAGCUAUGGAUUUACAGGAAGUUGACAAGGCCAUACAGAGCGGGCCCGAGCGCCUUGCCCCCAUUUCCUUCACUGCGUCAGUCCCCGUAGUGACAGCACAGCGCUGAAACCGGGACACUGAUGUUGGCACGCGGGCGGUUCUCCGUCCUACGUCACGCGGGUGCCUCCGUGUGAGCGCCACCGCAGUCAACGUGCAGACCGUGUGGGUCGGCACGAGGCUCCCUCGUCCUGCCUCUUGUGGUCACCCCUCCCGCACCCCGAUCCGUUCUCGUCCCCCAGACCCGACGUUUCCAGAGAGUCAGGUCUGUGCAGCUGCACAGUGUGUAAUCUCUGGGAUCUUCCCACCCUAGAGAUUCCGUCCCAGCUGUUGUGCAUAUCAGUAGUUUGAGGAGCUCGUAUGUCACCUCACCCGUGUUUAAGAGAGAGAAACAGACACGACAUGAAAUAAAUCACUGAACUUCAAGUAAAUGGUUUUUCUCACCAUGAAAGAUGUUUCCCGGAAGAUGCCUUGAAGCCCAGAAAAGACGUGGAGAAGCUGGGAGGGGGGUGGGUGCUUUACCUCCACUGCCAUCACGCGGUCCGGGUCCAGCGUGCUCUGCUGGGGUGCGGUCCACCCUCCACACCUGGCAGCCUCUGUGUCACCUGAGCACGGGGGACCGUGCCCACUGGACCCUUCUUGCCGAACCUCUCCGGAGGUGAUGCAUGUGCGGCGGCCUGGCCCCUGCAAACCGUUUAGACGUCAGAGGAAGCACUUUGCGGGUCCCGACUUUGGGCACCCUUUUUGCGGAGGAGUGAUUGCCUGGUGUACUCGAGCUCCUUUCGUGAUCACCGGAGAAUAAGUGGCACCGUCUGCCGGGUCGAAGCACAGACCACCGUCUCCAGAUGCCCCUCACUUCAGCGCUCAGUUCCGCCCAGGUGUUGUUCAGCUGGGUUGUCCACGCUUGUGCCCCGUCCGCUGGCCGGUCAGCAUGUGUGGAUGUGCGCCCAAGGAAGUGCACUCGGUGUUGGCCGCACUCAGGCUUGCGGCCGGGGGCGGUGGCCCAGGACCCCUCCGGGUCCACGCGUCCUGUCUGCAGAGCGGAGGCUGUUCCAGGUCCAGGCGGCCUCCUGGCUGCGGUUCCCUCGAGAACUGGGACCUCUUGCCGGCCCAGCGCAGUCGUCAGCGGGGCUGGCCCUCCUGCCCAGGGCGUGAAGCCGGGGAGCCCCGUCCUGCCUUUCUGCUCAGAUUCAGCAGUUUGGGGCCGUUCAUGAUCGUUUUUAAAAGAGAACCAGAUGUUUCUGUCAGUAACCCCGCUUUACCAGAACUUGCUGCAUGUGUGUGGACAGAAGUGCCCAGCUACACACGGGGCACGGGUCCUCACGGGAACACGCAGCUCUGUGGGGUGAGCGUGGGCCCCAUGGAUGCCUGAGCCCGCAGACAGGACGAAGUAAGAGGUCGACAGCAGUGACUGAUAACGAAAUAGGACAGUCGUGACGACGUCCCGUCCCAGAAGUCACCACGCUCAGCGUUUUUCCGGAUCGGACAGAUGAGCAACGUGGAUCUGGAUGACGAGCUGCUCGACCCCGACUUGGAACCCCCUCACCCUUUCCCCAAGGAGAUCCCGCACAACGAGAAGCUCCUGUCCCUCAAGUACGAGAGCUUGGACUAUGACAACAGCGAGAACCAGCUCUUCCUGGAGGAGGAGCGGCGGAUCAACCACACGGCCUUCCGAACGGUGGAGAUGAAGCGCUGGGUCAUCUGUGCCAUGAUCGGGAUCCUCACGGGCCUCGUGGCCUGCUUCAUCGACAUCGUGGUGGAGAACGUGGCUGGCCUGAAGUACAAGGUCGUCAAGGACAACAUCGACAAGUUCACGGAGCGGGGCGGGCUGUCCUUCUCCCUUCUGCUGUGGGCCACCCUCAAUUCCGCAUUCGUGCUCGUCGGCUCCGCCAUCGUCGCGUUUGUGGAGCCGGUCGCUGCCGGCAGCGGGAUCCCUCAGAUCAAGUGCUUCCUCAACGGGGUGAAGAUCCCGCAUGUGGUCCGGCUCAAGACCCUCGUGAUCAAAGUGUCUGGAGUGAUCCUGUCUGUGGUGGGCGGACUGGCAGUGGGAAAGGAGGGGCCGAUGAUUCACUCGGGCUCUGUGAUCGCCGCCGGGAUUUCCCAAGGGAGGUCAACGUCGCUGAAGCGAGAUUUCAAGAUCUUCGAGUACUUCCGCAGAGACACGGAGAAGCGGGACUUCGUCUCAGCGGGAGCUGCGGCCGGAGUGUCCGCUGCAUUUGGAGCCCCUGUGGGUGGGGUGCUGUUCAGCUUGGAGGAGGGCGCCUCCUUCUGGAACCAGUUCCUGACGUGGAGAAUAUUCUUUGCUUCCAUGAUUUCCACGUUCACCCUCAAUUUUGUCUUGAGCAUUUAUCAUGGAAACAUAUGGGACCUGUCGAGCCCAGGACUGAUCAACUUUGGAAGAUUUGACACAGAGACGAUGGUGUACACGAUCCACGAGAUCCCCAUCUUCAUCGCCAUGGGCGUGGUGGGUGGUAUUCUUGGGGCCGUGUUCAAUGCCUUGAAUUACUGGCUGACGAUGUUUCGAAUCAGGUACAUCCACCGGCCCUGCCUCCAGGUGAUUGAGGCCAUGCUGGUGGCUGCCGUCACGGCCACGGUCGCCUUUGUGCUGAUUUACUCAUCGCGGGACUGCCAGCCCCUGCAGGGGAGCUCCGUGUCCUAUCCCCUCCAGCUUUUCUGUGCGGACGGUGAGUACAACUCCAUGGCCGCGGCCUUCUUCAACACCCCCGAGAAGAGCGUGGUCAGCCUUUUCCACGACCCACCAGGCUCCUACAACCCCGUGACGCUAGGUCUCUUCACCCUGGUCUACUUCUUCCUGGCCUGCUGGACCUACGGGCUCACGGUGUCCGCUGGCGUCUUCAUCCCGUCCCUGCUCAUCGGGGCCGCCUGGGGCCGGCUCUUUGGGAUCUCCCUGUCCUACGUCACCGGGGCCGCGAUCUGGGCGGAUCCUGGCAAAUACGCCCUGAUGGGAGCGGCCGCCCAGCUGGGUGGGAUCGUGAGGAUGACGCUCAGCCUGACCGUCAUCAUGAUGGAGGCCACCAGCAACGUGACCUACGGCUUCCCCAUCAUGCUGGUCCUGAUGACCGCCAAGAUCGUGGGGGACAUCUUCAUCGAGGGCCUGUACGACAUGCACAUCCAGCUGCAGAGCGUGCCCUUCCUGCACUGGGAGGCCCCCGUCACCUCACAUUCGCUCACCGCCAGGGAGGUGAUGAGCACGCCGGUCGUCUGCCUGCGGAGGAGGGAGAAGGUGGGCGUCAUCGUGGACGUUCUCAGCAACACGGCCUCCAAUCACAACGGGUUCCCUGUGGUGGAGCUGGCCGACGACAGCCAGCCGGCCCGGCUUCAGGGCUUGAUCCUGCGCUCCCAGCUGAUCGUCCUCCUGAAGCACAAGGUGUUUGUGGAGCGCUCCAACAUGGGCCUGGUGCGGCGGCGGCUUCGGCUGAAGGACUUCCGGGACGCCUACCCACGCUUCCCCCCGAUCCAGUCCAUCCAUGUGUCCCAGGAUGAGCGGGAGUGCACCAUGGACCUGUCAGAGUUCAUGAACCCCUCCCCCUACACGGUGCCCCAGGAGGCGUCCCUCCCUCGGGUGUUCAAGCUGUUCCGGGCGCUGGGCCUCAGGCACCUGGUGGUGGUGGACAACUGCAACCAGGUGGUCGGACUGGUGACCAGGAAAGACCUAGCCAGGUACCGGCUCGGGAAAGGGGGCCUUGAAGAGCUCUCCCUGGCCCAGACGUGAGGCCUCAGCCCUUCUCUGGGGUCCCCCCUACUCCCUGGAUCAGCACUGGAUCCAGCAUCCCCUACUCCUCGGGACGUGUGUGUCUAUGUUUGUGCGCCUGUGAGACCGUGAGCGAGCGGCACCCCGUGGGUCCCAGUGGUGCCAGCCCGCAGGCAGGGCCCUCUGCUGCUUGUGUGCCGUCUGUCCCCCCGCGGGCCGGCCUGGAAGGACCACACUGACUGUGCAUCACCAGCUGGGGCCCGGGUGACGCACAGCUGCUGCAGAGAUCGUGGCCUUGUCCCUUUGGCUCAUUCUGUGGCCGUGAGGUGAUGGGCCUGGGCACUGGACCCUGCCCGGCAAAGGCUCCAGCUGGACACCUGGAGGCGGGGCCCUGGGGAGCGGCCUCUGCAGCCAGCUCUGUAGGGAGUUCGGCUCUUUUGCCAGACUCACCACACGGCCUCUCUGGGGUCUUGGCCAGAGAGAAAGCCGAAAACAUCGAUGGGGUGAACACCUCCAUCACCCCGAGCUGUGGUCCAGACCAGACCCACAGCUGUCGCCAGAGUGCACGGCACCGAGAGAGCUGCUAUCUAAGCACGUGGGGGCUCCCACUGGCCUCUGAGGACCCUUGGUCCGGGGCCGUGUUCCAGGACAGCUCCUGUUCCAGUCCGGGGGCAGGUGGGCUCUGGGAUGGGCUGGUGAGCCCAGACCAAGAAUGCUGUGCCUCUGUUAGGCUAGAUGGGCCUGGAUCCGGUGUCCUGUGUCCCCAGAGCCCUAGGGAACCUUUUCUGGAGGUGAUUCCCUGGCCUAUUUCUGAGACUAGGUGAUGUGGGUGCCAUUGUAGCAGCUGGGGGUGGGGUGGGGGACGGUUCGCCUUGGUUCUGGCCCCUUAAAGGAAGUGGGUCCUCAAAACGCUGGUCCCUUCUUGGUGGGAGCCCCCCUGGGGGACGCGGUGAGAGGAGCGGGGGCUUUGAAAGGGAGAAAUAAAGGAAUCGUACCCUCACACUUGCAGCUUGGCUCCCUUGUUCCUGCUCAGCACCAGCCACGGUCUAGCAGUGGGGGAUUUGCAGGACCGCUGAGGGUGGGUGUGUCUGGGACGGGGCGUCUUGGAUGCGCAUGUGGGGACCCCACAGGGAGGCGGGGAAGGCAAGAGACACAGAAACCCACGGGUGAGGAAGCAGUCAUGGCCGACACACGCCCAUGGGAUGUGCUGGCACCAGCUGCCAGACAGCUUCAGGGCCAGUCUGGGCGGUUUGCUGCCCCUGGGCCCUUGGUCUGGAUGCUGCUCUGGGCCACGAGGGGGGUGAUGUGGCCACAGGCAGGGCCUUGAAAGGCCCCCGGACCACGGGUUGACUUCGGAGUGUCCACUUUGUGCCCUCUGUGGGUGGGCUUGGGCGACCGGGCAGGGGGAGCACCGCGCCGGGCUGGGAGGACCUGGCGUGGGAGAGUGUGGACGACCGGGCAGGGGGAGCACCGCGCCGGGCUGGGAGGACCUGGCCUGGGAGAGUGUGGACGACUGGGCAGGGGGAGCACAGAACUGGGCUUGGAGCACCUGGCGUGGGAGUGUGUGCAUGUCGUGGUUUGCGUUGACGACAUGAACCGGCCGCACGUUCGUCACGUGGGAUUAAAUAAAAUGCACCAUGGAAACGCUGCAGCCGCCUCUGUUUGCUUUCUUACUGUGGUCGCGAGGAUCCUGGAGCCCGCGCGCAGCCCGCGCCUGUGGCCCGCACCCUCUCCUGCUCCGGCCGCGUGCCUCUGCCUGUUCUAUCUGUCCCGGACAACCCCUUCUCUGACCGGCUGGCCGGAGAAUGCCCCCGCCUGUCCCUCCCACCCGGGGCCCGCUGGGGUCCCUGCUCCUGACCCACAGGCCAGCAUCCACUCCCUGCCCUGGCCCUGGCCGGCUGAAUGGUGCCCUCUCGGGUCUUUCUGGGAACAGGCAGUUGGGAAGGCCUUGCCGGGAGAGUUGAGGGCCCGGGUUCCACUGGCAGUUGGGCCGUGACGUGCGAAGGUUCUGGUGACGAAAAGACGGCUCCGGAAGAGGCCCUGCUGCCGUGUGGCUCUUGUCUACCUUGCUGUUGGAUCGGAAGGAGAGACGCGAGGGUGGGUGCCCCCCGAGGCCUUCCCUGCCUCCGUCCAGCCGCCCUGGUGCGAGGCCCGGGGCCUCUGGGCAGCGGCUGAGGCCACGGACGGUGGUUGCCGGUGAAGCCGUGUCGGGUGAGCCUGGUACCAACGGGGGCCGAGCCAGGAGGGCAGGAGUGUGGGCCACCCAGGACGGCACUAAUUCCUUGACCCCUCAGGUCGCCUCGCUGCCCGGGGGCUCCCUCUGGAACUGGGCAGGCAGAGCACUGCCCUGUUGUUUCCGCUGCCUAGUGCCGUGUGUCCUCAGGCUCCGGUCUCUCUGGGGCAGCGCGAGCCGAGCCCAGCCGGGGCUGCGCUGGGUGACUCAGCUGGACGGGUGGAGGUGAGCGCAGUGGACACUGAGCUCAGCGGACAGGGAUUUGAGUCCCUGUUAUCCUGAGCUCCACCUGGGGGCCUUCGCCGGCCCAGAGGUCGCCUUCUUACAGAGCUGGCCGCUAGCCACCCCUUAUCCGGGGCUUCGCCCCCCUCU